AUGUUUCGAGAUCUUCGAGGGCCAGCCCUUCCAUGGGCCAUUACCCUUUCUUCUGCGAGUUGUUAUCUGCUCUUCGGUUAUGACCAGGGCGUGAUCGGAGGUCUCCUCGGCAUCGAGAGCUUUCUCAGUGCUAUCGGCUAUCCUAAUUCAAGCUAUCUUGGAACCAUUGCCGCUCUUUACGACAUUGGCUGUCUUGUGGGCUGUCUAGUUGCGGCAAUCUGGGGCAAUAAGAUGGGAAGACGCAGUACCAUCUUCUGGGGUUGCAGCAUCAUGGUCGUAGGAGCCAUCAUUCAAACGACGACCUACAGUGCUGGUCAGCUCAUUGCAGGCAGACUCAUCUCUGGUGUUGGAAAUGGCAUGAAUACGUCGACAAUUCCCGUCUACGUCUCUGAAACCACGCGCAGUCAUCGCCGUGGCCGGAUGGUCGCUACUCAACUUUCCAUUGUCAUUUUCGGCAUCGUUAUUGCAUAUUGGAUUGACUAUGGAACCACCAAGAACCUCACGGGAGAGGUUGUUUGGCGUUUCCCCAUCGCCUUUCAAAUACUUUUUGCGUUGAUCACAAUGGCAACGAUUCCGUUCCUGCCUGAAACGCCACGAUGGCUAUAUUCCCACGGCCAAAAAGCGGAAGCAGUCACCGUCCUAUCACGUCUAAUGAAUUGUACAGAGAGUGACCAGGACGUUCUUUUUAUCAAGAACGAAAUGGAAGAAGCCUUGAAACUGGAAGAAAGUCAACCCCCCAUGACUCUGAAGGGUCUACUUAACGAUAAGAGCGACAUCAAACCGAUGCGCCGACUUGUUUUAUGCUUCAUGGUGCAAAUGUUGCAGCAAUUUACCGGCAUUAAUGUUGUCGCCAUCCUCAUAACGAUUGUGUUGGAAAACAAUCUUGGCUACAGUACCAGCAAGGCCAGUUUGGUGGCAGGUUUUAUUCAAGUGGCAUUUUGGGUCGGCACGCUUCCCCCUAUCGUUUAUAUUGACAAAGUCGGACGUCGACCGGUUCUUUUGGCCGGAUCUGUGGUCCUUCUUCUGACUUUGGUGCUGUUCACCGUCGGAAUUGCAGUCGACACUUCGGCAUCAAACAACCUCGCUUUGGCCAUGCUGAUCAUCUACCAAAUUGCCUUUGGAAUGUCUUGGAAUGCAAUUCCAUGGAUUUACGCUCCAGAAAUUACGCCCUUGAAUCUGAGGCAUGUGGGAGCUGCCAUCGGUCCAUUUUCGGAAUGGCUGUGGACUUUUGUCAUUGUUCAGAUGGGUCCAACCGCCAUUGCACACACUCAAUGGCGGAUUUGGCUUCUUUUUAUUCUGAUGACUGCGCUGAGUAUUCCGGCUGUUUACUUUUACUUUCCCGAGACCAGUAUGAAGACUCUGGAAGAACUUGAUUAUAUCUUUGCAGAAGGAGAUGCUCGUCAACGACUUCAUGAUCAAUUUGAAGCGGCUGGUCGUCGAGCUUCAACGGCUUCUAAAGGAGUGCCAGAGGAAAUCAAAGUAAUUGGUGAAGAAAAGGCACAGUACAUCGAUGGUACUGUGACAUAG